AUGGCAGCCCAGCGGAUCCGAGCAGCCAACUCCAGUGGGCUCCCCCGGUGCAAAUCCGAGGGGGCCCUGAUCGACCUGAGCGAAGGGUUUCCCGAGGCGAGCUUGAACGACGUCAAAGUGCCUUCCCCCAGUGCCUUGCUGAUAGACAAUCCUGCGCCUUUCGGAAACGCCAAGGAGGUGAUUGCAAUCAAAGACUACUGUCCGACCAACUUCACCACCCUGAAGUUCUCCAAGGGCGACCAUCUCUAUGUCUUAGACACGUCGGGCGGUGAGUGGUGGUAUGCCCACAACACCACAGAGAUGGGUUACAUCCCUGCGUCCUAUGUGCAGCCCCUAAACUACCGAAACUCCACCCUGAGUGACAGCGGCAUGAUCGACAAUCUUCCAGACAGCCCAGACGAAGUCGCCAGGGAGUUGGAUUUGUUUGGCGGAUGGACAGAUGACAAGAGAGGGUCGAGCAAAAGCUACAGUAAUAACCCUUUCUGGAAUGGGGUCCAAACGAAUCCAUUUCUGAAUGGGAACAUGCCGGCGAUGCCCAGCCUGGAUGAACUGAACCCCAAAAGCUCUGUGGAUCUGCUGCUUUUCGACACGGGCACGUCCUCUUUGACCGAGUCCAGCUCGGCCACCACAAACAGCACCGGCAACAUCUUUGAGGACCUUCCAUCCACUCAUCGACUCAACACGGAGCAGCCGGUCAGGCGCGACAACCCCUUCUUCAGAAGCAAACGUUCCUACAGUCUGUCAGAACUCUCUGUCCUCCAAGCCAAGUCCGACGCCCCCGAGUCCUCAGGUUUCUUCACCGGGUUGAAAUCCCCCGCCCCCGAGCAGUUUCAGAGCCGGGAGGAUUUUCGGACUGCCUGGCUGAACCACCGGAAGCUGGCCCGCUCUUGCCAUGACUUGGACUUGCUUGGCCAGAGCCCUGGUUGGGGCCAGACGCAAGCGGUGGAGACGAACAUCGUGUGUAAGCUGGAUAGCUCGGGGGGAGCCGUGCAGCUCCCCGACAGCGGCAUCACCAUCCAUGUGCCCGAAGGUCACGUGGCUCCUGGGGACACUCAGCAGAUCUCCAUGAAGGCCCUGCUGGACCCCCCACUGGAACUCAACAGUGACAAGUCCAGCAGCAUCAGCCCGGUGUUGGAGGUGAAGCUGAGCAACCUCGAGGUGAGGACCUUCAUCAUCUUGGAGAUGAAAGUUUCUGCCGAGGUCAAAAACGACAUUUUUAGCAAAAGCUCCGUGAGCCUCCAGUGCCUGAGGAGUGACUCCAAGGAGGGUCCAUACGUCUCCAUCCCACUCACCUAUAGCUACGGGGACACGGUCCAGGUCCACCUGGAAAACCUGGAACCCUGCAUGUACCUAGCCAUCGUUGCCCACAGCCCGAACAUUCUCUACCCGGCCACUGUGUGGGACUUCAUCAAUAAAAGGGUCACCGUGGGUCUCUAUGGUCCCAAACACAUCCACCCGUCUUUCAAAACAGUGGUGACCCUCUUUGGGCAUGACUGUGCCCCAAAGACUCUCUUGGUUAGUGAGGUCACCCGCCAGGCCCCUAGCCCUGCCCCAGUGGCAUUACAGCUGUGGGGUAAGCACCAGUUUGUCUUGUCCCAGCCCCAGGAUCUCAAAAUCUGCAUGUUUUCCAACAUGACCAAUUACGAGGUCAAGGCCAGCGAGCAAGCCAAGGUGGUGAGAGGGUUCCAGGUGAGACUCAGCAGGGUGAGUCGCCUCACGUUCCCCAUCAGCUCCCACAGCCCCAGCGAGCUCUCCGACUUCACCUUGCGGGUCCAGGUGAAGGACGAGCAAGACGCCCUCUUGACCCAGUUCUGCGUCCAGACCCCCCAGCCCCCGCCCAAAGGUGCCAUCAAGCCAUCCGGACAGAGGCGGUUCCUCAAGAAGAACGAAGUGGGGAGAAUCCUCCUGUCGCCGUUUGCCGCCGCCGCCAAGUACCCGACUUUCCAGGACCGCCCCGUGUCCAGCCUCCAGUUCGGCAAGUUGCUGAAGACGGUGGUGAGGCAAAGCAAGAACCACUACCUGCUGGAGUACAAGAAGGGGGACGCGAUCGCACUGCUCAGCGAGGAGAAGCUGCGCCUGAAGGGGCAGCUGUGGACCAAGGAGUGGUACAUCGGCUACUACCAGGGCAAGGUGGGCCUGGUGCACAGCAAGAACGUGCUCGUGGUGGGGAAGGCCCGGCCCAGCUUCUUCUCGGGCCCGGAGCUGAGCACCUCGGUGCUGCUGGAGCAGAUCCUGCGGCCCUGCAAGUUCCUGACCUACAUCUACGCCUCCGUGCGGACGCUGCUCAUGGAAAACGUUCGCAGCUGGCGGGCCUUCGCGGACGCCUUGGGCUACGGGAACCUGCCGCUCACCUGCUUCUGCCGUGCGGAGCUGGACAGCGAGCCCGAGCGCGUGGCUUCCGUCCUGGAGAAGUUGAAGGAGGACUGCAACAACGUGGACAACAAGGACAGGAAGUCUUUCCAGAAGGAACUGAUGAUGGCCUUACUGAAGAUGGACUGCCAGGGGCUGGUGGUCACACUCCUGCAGGACUUUGUGCUGCUGACCACAGCCGUCGAGGUGGCACAGCGCUGGCGGGAGCUGGCUGAGAAGCUCGCCAAGGUCUCUAAGCAGCAGAUGGACGCAUACGAGUCCCCUCACCGGGACAGGAAUGGCCUGGUGGACAGUGAGGCCAUGUGGAAACCUGCCUACGACUUCUUACUAACGUGGAGCCGCCAGAUUGGGGACAGCUACCGUGAUGUCAUCCAGGAGCUGCACACCGGCCUGGACAAGAUGAAAAACCCCAUCACCAAGCGCUGGAAGCACCUCACAGGGACCCUGAUCCUGGUGAACUCUCUGGAUAUUCUGAGAGCAGCCGCCUUCAGCCCUGUGGACGUCGACGACUUUGUGAUUUGA